AUGGACGUUGUAAACGAGGUUUGGACCUGCCUUGAAACUUGGAAUAAGGGAGGAAAGGGCCAAUGCCGCAACAUUCUCCAUGCUCCUCAUUGCAACCCAUCCGACCCAAAUUGCUUGGACGUUCUUUCUACGACGUACCACACUCUUCUUGCUUCUACUCUCAAGACCUGGUCCCCAAAAUAUCCCCUCGCACCUGCAGCCUUCGUUGAGUUUGUCCAGUCCGUGCUUAAGGAACUCCCUUCGUCGUCUUCGUCCAACUCGAAUGCCACGAUUUUCGGAGAACAUUUGGUGGAUAUGAUAUGGUCUUUGGACCUGGAGCUGGAGGAGCUUUAUGGAGACUUCAAAUCCCUUCCCGGAGGGAACGCCGGAGAGCAGGCGGCGCAGGCGGCGGACGACACCCAGAGCAAGGCAGCAACGUCAAAACGGAAUAUUGAAAAUGACAAAGAGACUAUCGCCGUCAUUGUCAAACAGCUUUUGAAACGAGGGAUUAUAAACCCGAUCUUCUGUCGUGAACGCCUCGACCUCGCGUUGCUGUCUAGCGUCGGCCUCAUCUCGGACAAGGCUGCGUUUGAUAAGAGGGAAAUCCGGACAAGGACCAGUCUCUUCUACAAACAGAAUAAGUUUAAUCUUCUUCGGGAGCAGUCCGAAGGCUACAGCAAGCUCACAGCCGAACUCACAAGUGCUCUUGGUCCUUCGCAUUCCCCGUUCACGGGUCGCUCCGAAGAGCCAUAUUCCGUUGUCGAGGCGCGCGCGCGACCCGUUUGGGAGAAACUCAUCAGUCUCAUAGGUUACUUCGACCUCGAUCCGAACAGGGCGCUUGACAUUAUCAUUGAUGUCCUUAGCGUCAACCUUGCGACCCACUAUACCUUCUUCAUGGCAUUGUUGUCAUUUUCUCCUUGGGCAGGUUCGUAUACCCCGUCAACGAGUGGACACCAAGCUACUGCUUCGGAGCCUGGUCGGUACAAAGGCAAGUCCUUGGACGAAGUGUUGUUACUUGCGGAAGGCGACACUCCUCGGAGUAAUGGAGGCUCUCGCGUUCUGGCGCAAGUACUUGGUUUCAAGUUCUCCCAUUACCAGUCGUCGGAGACUAGUGACAAUGCUCUGAAAAGUCUAUGCUUAACGGCAGCCCUCCUUAUUCGGGAGGGAUUCAUUUCCUUAGAGCACCUAUAUCCACAUCUGUCGCCCGAGGAUGACGACAUGCCCAGCGCUCGCAAAGAGUACCUUGACAAAGCACAGGACAGAAUCUCCGGUGCUAAAGUCAGUCAGCUGGCCAUGGCGGCUCCCCUUGAAUCGUCGUCGUCGUCGUCGUCAUCGUCUGCAAAGCCAAAACCUACAGAAACCCAAAAGCCCGUGCAGAUAGUCAACCAGAAGGCUGGAAUGGUCAAAGCCCUCCUCGCCGUGGGGGCCCUGAGACCAGCAAUAGCUAUUCUGACCAAGUUCCCUUGGCUGGUCGAUGCCCACACUGAUAUUGCAGAUCUUCUGCUGCGAAUCGUCAAAGAGUCUAUUUCCACUCUUUACGAUACCGCGUGUGUUCUUCGGGAACGUAACCCUAGUUUCACGCAGCCUCGCGUCAGAUACGCUGGAUCACGUCCCGCCGCUACACCCCAACGUCGGACAUUUUUAACACUCUGGGCCCCUACUCCACCCAGCACCAUGUACACUGAUUUCGUCUUCUUCUUCCCGGAUUGGCGACAGUUCGUCCCUAUUUGCACUUCGCUGGACGAUUUGGUGGAUAUUGUGGACCCUUUACUUCGAUUUGUUGGUCUUCACAUCUCUCGUGAACCAUUAUUCGUGACCAAGUUCCUCAGGCUUGGUCGGGCUCAUCUAAUAACUACGUUGGAAAUCGACCCGGAGACCAAGAAGCCAACAUGCGAGCCUGAUCCUAGUCAUCCUAUCCGCCAAUUCUGGUUCAAGAUUACGCGUCUGUAUCUCCUACCGGCCCUUCCUCUCAUCCGGGGGAACGCUGUUUGUACUGUCGAAAUUUGGAACAUUAUCAAGCAAUACGAAACUAUCGCUCGGUGGAGAUUGUAUGGCGAAUGGAAGACUGCCAUCUAUAAAUCACAUCCCGAGUUACGUGUGCGCCAAGUUCAGGCUGAUAGGGAGGCGAAGGGGAUUCUUCGACGCCUCUCACACAAUACCAUCGACACACUGUCUGGAACGGUCGCGAAGCUUGCACACUCAAACCCGAUCAUCUUCUUCAACAAUGCUGUUGGGCAAGUGAUGGCAUAUGACAAUAUGGCAGGAGUCGUCAUCCAGUCACUAAAAUAUGUUACCAACCUCGGAUUCGAUGUCCUCGCAUUCACAGUCCUAGACUCACUCGCCAACCCCAAUAAGGCCCGCGUUAAAGACGAUGGCGUCAACACCUCGGAUUGGCUUCAGAGCCUUGCCUCAUUUAUUGGAAUGUUGUUCAGGCGGUAUAAUGCCGACUUGACACCUGUGUUGUCAUACAUCGUCCACCAACUCCACAAUGGCCAAACGACGGAAAUCAUUGUUCUUCGUGAAUUGAUCUGGAAGAUGGCCGGCAUCGAGCCUUUGCCUAGCUUGUCAGAUGCUCAAAUCCAAGCCAUGGCUGGGGGUCCAGUUCUGCGUAUCGAGGCUGUGGCUUCCGCCACUCGGGGCGCACGUUUGGACGCUGGUGAAGCGGUCCUCCGCGGCCCACAACGGUUAGCGAAGGGACUCCUGGAGUCUGACCUUGCCCUGCCGUUGUUGAUUCAAGUCGCCCAACAAAGACAGUCAUCGAUCUUCAAAGCCUCUGACGCUCAUAUCAAAUCUCUCGCUAGCUUGUACGACGCAACUCACGGCGUUCUUUUACAAUACCUUGAGUUCUUAAACUCCCCCUCCAUCAUUUCAGCCGACGACUAUGCUAACAAGAUUCUCCCUCCUCUCGCUGAAUUGGGAGUAACUUACGGAAUAUGUCCACCCAUCUGCAUGCAAAUCAUUCGGCCUGUCUUACACGGAUCUCUUCUUAAAGCUGCUUUGGACGCAUACGAGCAAGAGCGCAAGGCGAAUGAAGAGCACGAGAAAAAGCUCAAGGCUGAACUCAUCACAAAGCGAGAUCCUGGUGUCACUGCGUCGCGUGUGGCAUCACCGAGUGUACUCGCCGCUAGUGAGGAUAGCAAAACAUCAAAGCACGAGAACGGUGAUAAACUUUCGGCGGACGAAACGUCUAUGGAUGUAGAUGGUCAAUCGUCUGACUCUACCCCUGCUGCAACGGCUAACUCACCUUGGCGUCCUGAAUUAUCUGCGUUGUUCGAUGACGUGCGAAAGAUUGCGCCAGGGAGUGCUUGUGACGUUCUCGGGCCUGGAUUUUACCUGACUUUCUGGCAAUUGUCAACAUACGAUUUGUCUCCGCCGAGCACACGAUAUGAUGACGAACUCAAGGCAUUACGGUCGCUGAGCCUUCAGGAAGACAGGAAAUUGGCUGCGGCUGAGAAGGUCAAAAGGGGGUCUGCUAUAGCGUAUCGCGCCAGGCGGGACCGCUACAACAACUACGUGACAGCCCUAACCAAUGAAUACAAGCAGCAAACCAUUUCCAGAGAGUUCACUAUCAAACGUCUAGCUCGCGAGAAGCUCCAUUGGUUCUCUCACUUCCCGAAGGCGCAUCCCCUUGUGCAGGCCUUCAUUGAGCAUUGCAUUCAACCCCGAUGUCUCCUUUCUCCGAUGGACGCCGAUUAUUGCGCCCAGAUAAUUAAGUUUAUCCACACGCAAGGCACGCCAGGUUUCCCGACACUUAUUUGCUAUGAUAAGUUGCUGGCAGACCACAUCAAAGUGGUUCUGUUCUCGUGCAGUGAAUACGAAGCUCGAAACUAUGGUCGUUUCUUACUAGGCAUAUUGUCCGACCUUCACAAGUGGUCUCAGGACGAGAAGCUAUUUUUACAAGACAAUCGGUCGAGCAGGGGUUGUCACCCUGGUUUCCAAUUAUUCUGGAAGGCCAACCCAGGCCUACUCGCCGAGGAUAAGUUAAUGGAUUGGCCCAGUUUCAAGCGGGUACUCGGAAAGUGGUAUAGGAAACUAGGAAAGUCUUUCCUGGAGUGUAUUCAAACGGGGGAGUUUAUGCACGUUUACAACUCUAUCAUUGUCCUCAAGGAGAUCCUCCCCGUUUUCCCCCUGAAUUCCGUCUCGGAGAACGGCUCGGUUAUCGACAAGGCGAUGGAUCUUUUCAUCGAACGGGAACAGCGAGGCGACUUGAAGAUUCUUGCCACGAGUUAUUCGGCUGCCCUAAAGAAGCGGGAAUCUGUAUGGUCGGUGAAGGCAACGGGAGUUCCUACGAAGCCCCCCGCCCCUCCAACUGCACCUAAGGUCAAUGCAACCACAAGCUCUUCUAGCGAUUCCAGGACCGGACUUCCGCCGCCUACUGGCCCAAGUGUUCGUCCUGAUCGAAAUACAUCGACAUUGCCUGCGUCGACGCCGUCAGGGCCACGGGCUCAGUCCUCAUCCGUCCCUGUGCAACAAAACGUUGACAAUAAAUCCUCAUCCAAUCCCACUAAACUCGCGAUGGACAGCAUACCAAGGCCAGAGGUAGUCAAGCGUAUAAGACCAGAAGUCAAGACCAAUGGUCAAGCGAAAAUGGACGUCGACCCUCCCCCCGGCCAGGCUAAUACUCCUGGUGUUAAAUCCUCUUCGCCGGAAGUUAUCAUGCGAGACGAGGGGCAAUCAUCGAAAGCUAACUCUAGGCGAGCUAGCCCAACCGUCAACGGAGAUCACGCGGAAGCAAAUGGACAACGACCUGAGCGUCCCCCGUCACAAACUGCAGACCGAUAUCGCCCUAGUGAAGACAAAGUUUCCAGAAAUGACACACAACCUCCACAGAAUGCACCUGCUGGCAUGCCUCCCCCUUCUCUCCCUAGCCAAACACUGUCCGCACAAGAACUACGAGAAACUGCGAAGCAAUCUAUUUCUAUCAAGGUCGACGACAAGCCUGGAAGAGUCAACGAAGUGCGAAGUCAGAACGGUUCUGCUGCUCCUUCACCAUCCCAUCGCCGCCGUUCACAGUCACCGCAAUCCCGACCAGGAACUCGCAAUGCUAGUGCUGACAGUCGGCAUAGCGCGGGUCGGAGUCGCUCCGAUAGACAUCCUGAAGCUGAACAGAGGCAACGGCACGAGUCGAAGGAACAUGCUACAUCCACGUCACGCCGGGAUAGUCUCACACAUGUUCGAAGUGAACGUCGAGAACGAACUUCGACACGCGAAGCAGAGAAGGAAGACCGAGAUAGAGAUCGGGGACGUGAUCGGCAUGGUGACAGGGAGAAAGAGAGAGACAGAGAACGGGACCGAGAAAGAGACAGGGAUAGGGACCGGGGGGAUAGGGGAGACAGAGACAGAGAUCGCCACAGGAGAGACGAGAAGGAUCGGGGUGACAGGGAAAGCAGGAAGGAACGGGAUUCGGCCUCUCGAGGCACACCGUCCGCUCCGGCUGCUAUGGUCGACGAACGGGGUUUACCAAUACGACCAGACCCGUCGAGACAUCGCAAUGGUGGGAGUGGCGAGGAUGGACUUGGGAAGAGGAGACGGGGUGAUGAUGAGCCGGAAAGAGAUUCCAAGCGUUCCUCUCGGAAGGACGGUCAUCGUGAGGACCGGAGUAGACGGUCGUCUGAGAAAGAUAGCCACGAUCGCCCUCGUGACUCUGAAAAGCGAAGAAAGGACCGCGAGAACGCCGAAGCAGAGAAUCGGCCUUCUACUGACAAGGCUGUGGAGAAGAGGGUACCUGAUGGACCGGCCUCGCAAAAGGCGCUACCGCCCAGCACCCCCUCAGCUCCGCGGGCAAUGUCAUCAUCCGAUUCGUCACGGACAAGCAAGGGAGACGUUCCUGUUGCAAGAGACAGACACCGUGGAGAUGCUUCGCACACUCCCUCGCAGGUGGCACCUCCUUCAACUCCAUCGGGACCGGAUGAUGGCAGCAACUCUAAUCAAGGCCUUGGGAGUUUGCGUUCCCGAAUAGGCGAUAAAGAGCCGCUCCCUCGUCCAUCGCUGCCAAGCGCGCCAUCCAAUUCAUACAGACCAGACCCGUCCAGAAAAGAUGAUUCCGACAGGGAUACAAGGAAGCGGACCUUAUCUGAACGUGAUAAGGAGAUGAAUGAGAGUGCUUCGAGUAUUACCAGUGACCAGGUGCAACCCCCGAAACGCCCCCGUAUUAACCGUAAUCGGUACAACGCGUCGCAGUCAUCUCAUUCGGGCUUAGCGAAGAAACUUUUGCCCAUCGAUCGCGAACCUUCCGCAGGGGAGAAGUCGCGAGGCCGGAAGGAUUGA